AUGAACAUUUCUUUUACGUCUGUUACCGUCCCGACCACCACGAAUUCCGACGAUUCGCCGAGAAACAGUUCUAAUGCCGGCGAAGAAGUCAAAGUCAUGGUACCACCGUUGAACUUUGCGAUGGUAGCCCCGGGAGUCUACCGUUCCGGGCACCCAAAUCGUCAGAAUUUCCCUUUUCUUAAAAAAUUGGAACUAAAAAGCAUAAUUUAUCUUUCAUCAGAUGACAUUCGCGAAGAAUUAGAUCAAUUCGCGAGAGAGCAGAAAAUACAAAUCUUUCACUAUAGGAUUGAUGGGAACAAGGAACCAUUUGUGGAGAUUGAUGAAAAAAAAAUCAGCAACGCUUUGGUAAAAGUGUUGGACGUGAGGAAUCACCCAGUGUUGAUUCAUUGUAACAAGGGAAAGCACAGAAUUGGUUGUCUGGUGGGAUGUCUUCGUAAAUUGCAGAAAUGGUCCAUGACCUCGAUUUUCGAUGAAUACCGACGAUUCGCGGGUACAAAAGUCCUACCCGAUCAGGAAUUCAUUGAAAUAUUCUCUGAACAUGUACCCUAUGAUCCAAAAUUCAAGCCCGCCUGGCUAUAA